AUGCAAGAUCUCAAACCCAUCAUUCCUACCGCUCGAAAAUCAGUGGGAAUCCUUGGCACAUCCUCCUCAGGAGAAUUGGCAAAGGAACAUAUGGUGAAUCGGGCCUUGAUGGCUACUUCUCCUGUAAGCAAUAGUAGUACGGGUUCUAUUCCACUGGGCACGAGUGCAACCACCACAAACACAGAUAAACCACAACAACCACACGCCUCGUCGCUCACACCCUCACCAACAACAAACAUGGAUACAACACAAAAUUCAAGUAAAUUAUCAUUGGAAAAUUCGGAGGCCAUUGUUUAUGAUUCAUCUGAAGAGGAAGAGGAGAAGGUAGAUAUUUUGGAAGAAAGUGAUUCCGAUCAUGUGGAUCAACUAGCAUCAUCGGAAGAAGAAACGGCUAUUCGAAGAAGAAGAACCAGAAGUAGUACUAGAGCUGAUUCAAACCUUUCUUCAUCAAAUACGACCAAAAAGAACAAUGACAAGGAUGCUAACCAAAGGCAAAAUCAACUUGCAUCGUUGAGAUUUACCGAAAAGUUUAAACAAGGCAGUGAAGAUGAGGAGGGUCAUCCUGCUGUUGUUUUUGAUUCCGAUGAUGAUGAGGAAGAAGAUACACAUCGAAAAUUUGCUGAAAAUGUUAGCAAGGCAAUACCAAAACAAAAGGCGGAACCAUCAAGAAAAAAACAAAAGAUGACGAGUAUUACGCAAUUGGAAACCACUACUAACGAAACUGCUACAUCUAAAAUAGAAGCGAAGCAAUCAAAUGUACUUUCUAUUGAACCUCAUUCAGUACUGUUUAAAUUUAUUUGUUCUACCACUACUAAUGUGGAGUUGCGAAACAAACUUAAACAAGAUUUUGAAGACGAAAAAUACGUAAUAUUAAGGAAAAAAUACAAUUUAAAGACACCAAGCAGAAAAGGUAGAAUUAGUGACAAUGAGGUCAAAUUAAUCAAAAAAUACGUUGAAAUCACUAGCUCAUUGCGUUUGGUCAGACAUCCUCUCUCAUUGACUCUCUUCAACAAUACCAAGUCUUUCGACGAAGACCGAAUUAAAACUUGGAGUAAUGACUCUCAGGAAGAAGAAGUAAAUACUACCAACGUAAAACAUUUUAUUGCGACAAUUACGGGAAGAAGUUUUGAUUUGAUUAGCUCUGUAUGGAGAAAGGAAGAAAAGAACAUUCAUCACAGAUUUGUACUUUAUUUGGAACAAAUGAGAUAUCACUUUGAGGUCUUUGUUCAGCCUAACACAGUUCACAUGGAUCGUGAACAGGAAGAAGAGCUUAAAGAAAUGUAUAUCAGUUUACUAGGACUCAUGAAACAAUACCAAGAUAUUGUCAAUACACGAAGAGAAGAACGAAAAAACGGCAUGCUUCGUGAAACAUCCAUCGAACUGUCUAAAUUUGCAAAGAUCUUGUCCAAUCUGGACGAGCACUUUUCUAGAUUAGAUGCCUAUCAGAGAGCAUACAAUGAGGAAUUACAUGAUGCUCUUUGGUCAUGUGCUGUCAAAUACCUGUUGGCCUAA